AUGAUGGCGCCGCUUGUGCCGAGCCAUGGUAUCCCUUUGCCAAGAGCAUCGUCCGUGCCUGUGGUGGUCAGCCGAACCCGUAGUCCAGCGCAGCAUCUGCGCACCAUCUACAUCCGCUCCAAGACGCCAGUGCGGUUCGUCGGCGCCAUCACGAGCCGUGACGGUCUACCUCCGCGUUUGCCUUCUGUUGCUCCGUCCCCUCGCGUGGUGCCGCUGUGCCAGGCAAGCCUCCCGGUUGACAGAGAGGCCCUCCGGAAUGAGCGCCGAGAGUCCCGAGCUCGACGCAGCGGGGGACGUCGCUCUGGUUUGGAAUCCCUGGAACGACAGGUGACGCAGGCUGUGAAGAUCGCAGCCGCCUC